AUGCCAGGAAGCCUUCCGAAAGCCCUACGUGCUAUAAUUGCCAUAUUUAUCCUUCUUGUUGUAAUCCAGUCCCUGCUCAUUUUGACAGAUGGGCCUACGGUGGCAUAUCUCCCACGUCACCAGGGUGUUCAAGCAGACGUUGACGCAGUGGACUGGUCGCGUUUUGCCUACACGCAAUACGUCACCAACACAGCUUAUCUCUGCAAUUCAGUCAUGUUGUUUGAAACCCUACAUCGCUUGAACAGCAAGCCUGACCGAGUUAUGAUGUACCCAUUGGAAUUUUCGCUAGACGAAAACGAUGCUGAACCGGUGGGUCGACUACUGCGGAAGGCGCGAGAUGAAUACAACGUUCAACUGGUACCUAUUCAGGUGCAGAGUCGCAUCAGUGGAGAUGCAACAUGGGCGGAGAGUUUUACUAAACUCCUCGCCUUCAAUCAGACUCAAUAUGAUCGAGUUCUAAAUUUAGACUCGGAUUCUACUAUACUGCAGAACCUGGACGAAUUGUUCUUCAUGCCCCCUUGCCCGGCAGGAUUACCGCGAGCCUACUGGCUUAACCCUGAUGAACGUGUGCAAAGCACCGGCUUAUUACUGAUUCAACCUUCUCGUUUUGAAUUCCGCCGCAUAAUGGCGGCUAUUAACAAUGCUAGUGGUUCCGAAUAUGACAUGGAAAUUGUGAACACUCUGUACAAGGACAGCGCACUCAUCAUCCCGCAUCGUCCAUAUAUGAUCCUGACAGGGGAGUUCCGUGGUGAAAUUCACACCAAGUACUUGGGCAAUAACCAAGAAGUCUGGAAUCCAGAUGAAGUGCUCCGUGAAGCUAAAUUCUUACAUUUUUCUGACUGGCCCGUCCCCAAGCCCUGGAUCAAAGCCUCUCAAGAAGUCAUAGAUCAAGAACGGCCUCGCUGUCGGUUCAAUGCGACAAGUGGACGUAAAGACGACUGUCGCGAUCGUGAUUAUUGGUUGGGCUUCUAUGCCGAUUUUUCUAGACGACGAGCAGACGUCUGUGGCGGAGAUAUUUAA